UAACGAUGUUAAGACUAAGAAAGACCACUUUUCGUUUUACUCUAAACAAAAAAGAAUGGUUGCAACCAAAAUUAGGAGGCUCUUUUUGCAGCCAAUCUCUGUCUCUCUUGUAUCUGCCUUCCCGCGAUAAAGAGUGAAAGUAGCUCUUUCGGCCCUCCUUCUUCAUGCGAGACAGUUUCUUCCUUUGCUAUUUAUUCUGUCCAGUGUCCUGCUAGGAUUUAAUCUUUUUUUUUUUGUGUGUGUGUAAAUAGACGGGCGCUACGGACAGUGACGUAGCCGGACUUCAAGUUAACUAGGGUCCUAAAAAUUUAUAAUGCGAAAAUCUAUGCCUUUAAUAGAGUUUGAGUUGAUUGGGGUUCUUAAGUAUAGCUAAAAUUAAUAAGAGUAUGGGGUCCUAAGUUUAAAGGAUCGACUAAAACCUACGUAUCUAAUAAAUUUUUUGCCUAACUUCUCAACACUGACUACUGAGCACCCUCACUCAUAUUAAUCAUCCGAUGUUCCGAGACCCCAAUAAUAUCACGAUACAACCCCCGGUCUAAGCCCGCUCCUCGACAUUAAACACAAAACCCCCCGAUGGAUGAGGAAAUCACAGCAUCACUAGCUAGGUGAGUUUCACUAUGCCUUUUCUGUUUCAUGUGAAUUGAUUCAUUUAGUUUCUUGACUGUAUAUGCGUUGCAUGAUAAAGUGACGAAGAAAAAAAUUUACAAUUCAAAUUAAUUGAUCUCAUUUAGAAUUAUUAGCUGUAUAUAGUGUAUCUUAUGUGGAUGUUUCUAUUUGUCAAGGGUUAUAAAAAAAUGUGGAUGUUCCUAUUUCAUAUAUGUUAAAAGUAAAACUAUUGCAUGCCGUGUUUUUUAACGUACUUCGUGACAGUUUCAUAGUUUCUUAUUUAACUUGUGUACAGAUUUUAUUUCCUUACAAUUCAGAGUUGGGUUCCAUAGUUUUGAUCAUUUGAUGCAAAGUUGUCAACUCGCGGGUCGACCCGGACCCGGUCGAGCUAGUGGGUCAUGAGUUAAUGGGUCGCCCGUUUUAGCCCGGCUUAGCCCGAAUAUUAAAGAAUACAUACAAGUAUUGUAGUAGUUUGAUAAUCUAGUGAUUGAAAUAUAAUUUACUUACAAAUACCAUAUGAUAAUUUAGGUACCAUAUGAUAAUUUACCAUAUGAUUGAAAGAGAAGAAAAAAAAAACUAGAACUACCCACACGCCACAUCAAAUGCAAAAAUCCUAAAUUGUAAAGCCUCAUCCUUCCAUCUCCCCGGACCCUGUACAACCCCCUCUCAACAAAAUUCCUCUUUUCUUCCUCCGCUGAGAAUGCUUCUCUCAUGGUCGCCAGUGGCUACUCCAGGUCCCGGCUCUUCCACUCACCCCAUUCAAUCCCCCAAACAAAGCAAAAAACGAGUUCCAAAGCCGACUAUCUCUCUGCCAUCCGACCUGCUUCUCCAGAUUCCAAACCCCUCUGCCCCUGUUGUCUCCCAACGACCGAAAGUCGGCCACCACUCAGAAGUCCUCCUCCACGUGGUUCUCCAGCUCACUCAAACCGUCAAGCGCAGAUGUGGGAAAAUCUCCUUCAACUAUGGCUCAAGGACAGUGAGCACCAGAAUUGGAAAAACCAAACACGACGACGUCAAAGGACAACCUGGUACCCAUUUUGGCCGGGCCAACCGCCCGGGUCCUCCAGAUUUUGACUGGGUCGAAGCAGGUUUGACCAAUCUUGGCUAAUCCUUGAACGGGUGUUCACAACCCAUUUUUUCCUCCGGGUCUGGGUCAAUUCGGGUCAACUCGCGGGUUGACAACCUUUUGAUGAUUUUCAAGGUUGUCAAACUAGUUUAUACCGUUGUGCCGGUUUGACAAGUGGAAUGGUACGACCGGUGGUAGAACCAAUUUGUGCCGGUUCAUGCCGGUUUAAAAAAAUGUGAAAACAAUUAAUAUCCAAUGUAUUUAAUCAUAUAUAAAAUAUAUUUAUGGACAAUUUAGUUACAAUCUAACAAAUAUCAUCAUAUUAUAACUAUUAAAUUUAUAAAAUGAAU